AUGACGCUGAAGGCAACCAUUGCGGUGUGGGCCCGUCGCGUGUGCGACCCGCGCGACACCAAGGCGGCGUGGGUCGUCGCACGGCUGCUUCUGAUCGCAGAGGCGGUGCUUUGCUCCGCGAUCAUCGCCAAAGUCCCCUGUGCGUCUCGCCAUUGCCACUCGCCCGCCAUUGUCGCUCCGCCGCCGUCAGUGUCGUCUUCCGAACAACGGUUCUUCCAUCCAUCCGGCUUGCGGGACCCAUCCCUCUUCUUCCAUCCAUCCCGCUUGCGUCACCCAUCUCAUUUGUUCCACCCACCAGACACCAUGAUAGACUGGGAUGCGUACAUGGCGCAAGCCACGGGCUUCCAGCACGGCGAGCGCGAUUACGCCAAGCUGGAGGGCGACACGGGAAGGCCCCGUUUGAUGUUUGAAGCGCCUAAGGAAUACGCUUCUUCCAUCCACCCCCCCUGCUUGCCCCACCUUCCAGACACCAAGAUAGACUGGGACGCAUACAUGGCGCAGGUCACGGGCUUCCAGCACGGGGAGCGCGACUACACCAAGCUGGAGGGCGACACGGGCCCCCUCGUCUACCCUGCCGGGUUCCUCCUCUCCUUCUCCGCCCUCAAAUGGAUCACGGGGGGGGUUGUUGCCAACGCUCAGAUCACAGGAGGGGUUGUUGCAAACGAUCAGGUGGGUUCCUGGCUGGCAAGGCCAGAAAGAUUCCAGGAAGCUCCAGGAAGACGCCCUCUUGCCAGGAACCUAUCUGGCAAGGCCCUCUUUGUCUACCCUGCCAAGUUCCUCCUCUCCUUCUCUGCUCUCAAAUGGAUCACGGGGGAAAUCGUGCCAAACGCUCAGGUAGGUUCCUGGAAGGUGGCCUUCCUCGUCCUCUAUCUCAUCAACCUCCUCAUGGUCUUCGCCAUCUACAUCCGCACACAGGCGGUAAGAACCAAUUCAGAGAAUGUGGUGACAAGAACAAGGCGGUCACUGGUGGGUGCUUUUGCUGGUUCCACGGCAUGUGCUGGUCUGCUGCACCCAUCUUCAUGUUUUCUUCUCCUCCCUGCCCCCACCAACCCACAUCUUCCCUGGCCCCCCUCGUCAGGUGCCCCCCUGGGCGCUCGUGCUGCUGUGUCUCUCCAAGCGUCUGCCCGUCAUCUUCCUGCCCGACUCUCCGCUUUGAUACCCUCAUUCUGCACACUUCAUCCAUUCGUCCCCCUCCACCAGGUGCCCCCCUGGGCGCUCGUGCUGCUGUGUCUCUCCAAGCGUCUGCUCUUCAUCUUCCCGCUGCACCUCUCGCCCCUGAUUCCCUCAUUCCCCACACCUGCCCAAUCUGUCAUCUCUUUUCUAUAUCAGGUGCCCCCCUGGGCGCUCGUGCUGCUGUGUCUCUCCAAGCGUCUGCUCUUCAUCUUCCCGCUGCACCUCUCGCCCCUGAUUCCCUCAUUCCCCACACCUGCCCAAUCUGUCAUCUCUUUUCUAUAUCAGGUGCCCCCCUGGGCGCUCGUGCUGCUGUGUCUCUCCAAUCGUCUGCUCUUCAUCUUCCCGCUGCACCUCUCGCCCCUGAUUCCCUCAUUCCCCACACCUGCCCAAUCUGUCAUCUCUUUUCUAUAUCAGGUGCCCCCCUGGGUGCUCGUGCUGCUGUGUCUCUCCAAGCGUCUACACUCCAUCUUCCUGCUUCGCCUCUUCAAUGACUGCCUCGCCAUGGCAUUCCUGCACGCCUCGCUCCUCAGACUGCAAUCGUCUAGAUGGAUCCCGGCAGUCCUCCUAUUCAGUGCAGGCGUUUCAGUCAAGAUGAACGUCCUGCUCUUCCUCCCUCCUCUGCUUCUCAUCAUGGCAAAGACCCUUCCCCUGCUUCAAAUAAUGGCUCUCCUUGGUGCAGCAGUCGCCUUUCAGCUCCUGGUUGGCUGGCCGUUCAUCAGCACCUUCCCUCAGGCCUACUUUGGCCGGGCAUUCGACCUUGGACGAGUCUUCAUCCACUUCUGGUCUGUCAACUUUAAGUUUGUCCCCAAGUCAACAUUUGUGUCCAAGCCUUUUGCUCUUUCUCUCUUGGGGCUGCACCUGCUGCUGCUGCUGCUCUUCUGCCACUUCUGCUGGUGCAAGUAUGAGGGUGGCAUGUUUCGAGUGGCCAUCGCUGCUCUGCUCUCCCCUUUCAAACGACUGCAGACCCGCCCGUUGCAUCCUGACCUUCUCCUCCCCUCCCUUCCCCCUCUGCAUUUGAGUUCUCCUCCCCUCCCUUCCCCCUCUGCAUUUGAGUUCUCCUCCCCUCCCUUCCCCCCCUGCAUUUGA